CACCUUCAAGUUACUUUUGGCUGCGAGGACGGCUUUGUUGGUGUAUGGGACUACACCACAUCGCUAUGUUCAAGCCUUCUUCGCCUAGAUUUUCCCGUUACUUUCAUAGAGAAUGUUGGUGACCAGCAGCUUCUUAUAGCCUCGAAUAACAACUCGCUUAUCCAUCUUUAUGAUAUUUCCGGCGCGAAUCCCGACUUAUACUUUUCAGUAGACUUACGAAGAAAGUUGCCCCAGCCUAUAAGAAGUUUAUUUGUAAUUUCAUUGGAUCCUUCGCGGAAGUAUCUUCUUGCCAGUAAUAAAGAAGAAAAUUUUUUAUACAUAUUUGUAAUUGACCAAUUAUUAAGCAAUCAAAAAAAGGUUCAUCCGAAUCGCAAAGCUUUUUCUCAUGCAAUUACUUUGGCGCUUUCCCAACCGAUUUGUUGUUUUGAUAUUCAAAACAUAAAAAAUCCUGCUUCAAAGAAAAACAGCGAAUAUUUUAAAAAAAAGCUGGACUCUGAAGAAGAUGAAAUCCUAUUGGCUUGUAUACAAGCGAAAUCCGUGCAGACACUUUUAUUGAAAGUUCCCGUUAUUCAUAGCGAGACGGAUACCUCAGCUGUUCGAGAACGCAAGUGCUUUAAAGAAAAUGCUCAAAAAAGUAUUUAUAGUGACGCCUUUGAAAAUCCGGAAACUUUUUUUAAAGAUUUUGAGAGUAUAAAUAAUACGAGCGAAAAGAUAAUUGAGGAAUUCGACGAUGAAGUUAUCGAAGAGUACGAAGCACCGUUGGGAACAAUUCCUUUGAAACUUUCCGGCCCACUGGGAUUGAACGCUCAAAAAUUCACCGAAGAAAUGCCGAACGAACCAGUAGAAGGCCUUUCUGAACUCGGGCGCACAUCAAUGACUUCAUUUGCCCGCACCGCUUCGGAGUCCAAUUUGAUCUCUUCAGCGUCUUUUUAUUAUAAACCGUUAAAUAACACAUAUUCGCCCACUACUGCUUAUUCUUAUGAACAAUUACAACCAAUAAAACCGAAGAGCAGUGACUCCAUAUAUAAUGAACCGACCAAUAAAAAGAAGUUUCGAACGAAACGAGUCACUCAUUCGAAACCUCAAACAUCCGUUGUGAGUAUUUUAACGCGAACCGCUAAAGAAAAGACUUCAGAAACUUUUAUGGACGCUCCGACAAAAGUUGAGAACGACGGGAACUUAAAGUUGCCUACUGAAAAACUCCAAAACUUUAAUGAUGACGACUUUGUUGAGGCCAAAGGAAACACUGAAACCAAUGAAAAAAUUCGGACGGGAAAAAGUAUUUUUCCUGCCAAUUUUGAGUUUCAGUUUGAAAAAUGUUUUGAGAAAAUUUUAAUGAAUCAAAAAAAAACGCAGGAAGUUUUUUAUAAAUAUUUUGAGCAGCAAUUAACUACUAAAAUUGAAGCGAUGACUAGUACGCUGGAGGAAGCUUUUAAGCAAAUCUUCGCCACGUGGCAGAGCGGAGGCACAAUUUUCAGUGAUAUUCAGGACUCUGCUAUAGACGAUCAUGAAAUAAAAGUUGAAAAAAUAAUCGAAUCAGCUUUAGCAACAGCAUUAGCAAACCCAAAAACGCUUGAAAAAAUAUCGACUUUAGUGGCCAAAAGUUUUCAUGAUCCAAUUAUUAACGCCUUUUAUUCAACCAGUCAAAAUUAUAUUGUGCCUGCUUUUAACGCUUCAUGCCAAGUUAUGAUGCAGCAAUUGCAAAGUACUUUUCAAAAAGGACUUCUUGAAUACCAGAAGCGUUUCACUACAGAAGUUGAAGAGAGUCAUUUAUUGGAAGCGUCUUUAAACAAGCUCCAAUCACACAUUCAAAUCUACUCCGCUCAGUUUAUGAAAUGCGCCAAUCAAAGCAACGAAAAAGUUCUUGAUGCGCUAAAAAAGUUGAAUGCGAAUUUUGAAGCAUUUAAAGAAGUUCAGUUCAAGAAAAAUAAUGAGCUUAGCCAAUUGUUGGAAAGUCUUUACCAAAUGCAAUUGCAAUUAUGCACUCGCCAAAGCGAUUUUUUAACGCGGCAGCAAAAGCUUAAAAGAAAUAGUGAAUCUACUAUUUUGGGGUCGCCCACCUCAUUAGCCGAAGAGAAAAGGGAAACGCACUUGGUCUCUCGGUUUGGAGCAUUUCAAAAGGAAGCACAGGACGUUGCGCCCCCAACAUUGCGGAGAGGCAAUUUAUGGGGGAAAAUUAGCGCUUGUCUUCGAUCCGGUGACUAUGAAAAUGCUUUUACUCUGGCAUUGUCUGCAAAAAACAUUAAAUUUCUUGAAUGGCUCAGCACAGCAAUUUCAUUGGACGAAUUGUUUAAAAGAAAUCCACUUCCGCUCUCGCAAUCUGUUUUACUUUCACUAAUUCAUCAGGUUUCUUCCGAACGUCUAUUAGAUGCUUUUUAUUGGAAAUAUAAUAUUCUUUUGAAUGCUCUUCCCUGCUUAAACCGCAACGACGCUGUAACAAAAUAUUACCUUCCAGCUAUUAUUAAACUGGUUGAAGGAAGAGUGACUGAAGGACAGAAACAAGCAUUGACACACGUGGAUAUGAUGAAGUUAUUAACUUUAAAAAAUAAAAUACUAAACUUAAAAUAA